AUGCGGCCCGCGCGCUGCCUCGCGCUGGGCAGCCUCCUCGCCCUGGUCGGGCUGCUGGAAGGCCGGCUCGUGGGCGAGGAGGAAGCCGGCUUCGGCGAAUGCGACCGGUUCUUCUACGCCGGGGCCCCGCCUGCGGGGCUGGCGGCCGAGGCCCACGUGAAGGUCUGUCAGCGCUUCGAGGGCGCCGAGCGCUUCGCCACCCUGUACAGCCGCCGGGACCGCAUCCCCGUGUACUCGGCGUUCCGCGCCGCGCGCCCCGCGGCCGCCGGAGCCCAGCCCCGCUGGCUGGUGGAGCCGCAGAUCGACGACCCCACCAGCCCCCUUGAGGAGGUGAUUGAUGAAGCUGAUGCCAUCACCUCUGUGAGUGGCCUGGGAAGCAAGCAAGCCCUGAGUACAGAUUACCUGGACUCUGAUUACCAAAGAGGACAGCUGUACCCGUUCUCCCUUAGCAAGGAUUUGCAAGUGGCCACAUUCGCUCUCACAAACGCAGCUCCGAUGGCACCGUCCUUCCGCGAGCGGUGGUACUUGAAUCUCAACAGCCUGAUGGAGCGGGCCCUGACCCCACAGUGUAGCAGUGGGGCACACCUGUAUAUCAUCACAGGCGCUGUGCCCUCAGACCGCAAACUGAAGGACAGAGUGACCGUCCCUGCGUUUGUCUGGCUGGCAGCCUGCUGCGCCGCACCCGGGGGCGGCUGGGCCAUGGGCUUUGUCCAGCACGCCCGGGACGGUGACGUCAUAGAGGACGUGAUGGUGAGAGAGCUCGAGAAGCUGCUUCCGUUCAACCCCCAGCUCUUCCGGGACAACUGUGGCGAAACCGAACAGGACACGGAGAGAAUGAAAAAAAUCCUGGAAGUGGUCAACCAAGUCCAGGAUGAAGAGCGAAUGGUACAGGCAAAAGAGGGCACUCAUCCCCUCUCCAGCACCAAGGGCCAGGGGUCAGCUCUGCUACCUCCAGAGCCAUCUGAGGAGAGGAGGAGCUUUUUGGGCAAGUUGAGGAGCUUCCUCGCCACCCCCAUCAUCAGGCUUUUCCAAUUACUUUAUUACGUUGCUGUAGGCAUCCUGAAGAACGUUAUACAUGUCCUGUGGUUUGUUACCAAGCAGGUGUUUAACGGCAUAGAAAGUUGCCUUUACCGCUUGGGUUCAGCCACCAUCUCAUACUUCUUGGCCAUUGGGGAAGAGUUGGCGAGCAUCCCCUGGAAGGUACUCAAAGUCAUGGUCAAAAUCAUCAGGGCCAUUCUCCGGAUCCUUUGUUGUCUGCUGAAGGCCAUUUGCCGCAUUCUGGGCAUUCCGGUCCGAGUCCUCGUGGAUGUGGCCACUUUCCCCAUGCACACCAUAAGCGCGGUUCCGAUUGUGUGCAAGGACAUUGCAGUGGGCCUUGGUGGCACCAUCUCUCUGCUCUUUGAUGCUGCUUUUGGCACUAUGGGUAGCCUGUUUGAGGUUAUUUUUAGUAUCUGCAAGAGGAUUGGCUACAGGGUUACUUUUGACAAUUCGGGGGAGUUAUAGAACUCAGAAAAACUAGGAGGGUCCAGUUACAGUGAAUUUGAUUUUUUUUUUUUAAAUAGAGAAAGCUGGAAUAUUUUGUCUUUACAAUGGGUUUCUGUUCGCUGUCAAUUACUGUUAUAUCUUGGCCUUUGGUAGGGGUAUUUGCAUGUUUUUGCAAAAGAAGAUGGUAUAAUUUAGACUUGAGCAAAGAGAGAUGUUGAGCGUGGGAUUAUGUGUAGAUCAUCUGUGGGAUAUGGGCAAACUUCCAAACCAUUAAGAAUCUUUCUUCACUCUGCUACUUGAUGGACCGCCUGAGAUACUCUGGUGUUCAUUUGUGAUAACUAGGAAUUACAGAGAAGGAAAGAAUUAGGAAGAAGACAACCUUAAUCCAAAGAGUUUCUGAGAGAAUGGGAAAGGAAUCUUGUUUCUUUUAUGAGAUGUAAGGCAAAACCUAUAUAAAUGCUGUUGGUUGAUUUGUUUUCAUUUGUUUCUCUUUCUCCCCAACUCAUCUGACCUUGGUGAAGUGCAGACAUGCUUCCCUGUUGAAAUAACUUUCUUAAGAAUAAAGAAUUUGCUUUAGCCCUGAGCUUUCCAUGGCUUCCAAGGACCUGUAAGGUUGCUUGGGUUUUUUGUGUUUUUUUUUCCCUCCCAAGAUGAAUUUUGCUGCAUUUUUCUUUU